CCAUCGAUAGUGGACAAAUUUUUAAAUAAAAAAAAGUAAUAAAUAAAUACAAUUUGUAUUUGUAAAUAAUCCUGAUUUUGAGGACAUAGAGGCUCUAUCAGGUCCAUCCAGCAGCAUGGAAGACCAGGCAUGCCCGCGGUGCAAGACCACCAAGUACAGGAAUCCGUCGCUCAAGCUGAUGGUCAACGUUUGCGGCCACACGCUGUGCGAGUCGUGCGUGGACCUGCUGUUUCUCAAGGGAUCCGGGGCAUGUCCCGAGUGCAUGGUGCCACUGCGCCGCAACAACUUCCGCGUGCAGCUCUUCGAGGAUCCCCAAGUGGAGAAGGAGGUGGACAUCAGGAGGCGCAUUCUGCGCGACUACAACAAACGCGAAGAGGACUUCGGCACGCUGGAGGAGUACAACGACUACCUGGAGGAGAUCGAGGACAUUGUGUACAACCUGUGCAACAACAUCGAGAUCAUCGAGACGAACAAACGCAUCGAGGCCUACAAGCGGGACAACCGUGAUGUCAUCCAGCGCAACAAGACGCGCGUGGGUCGCGAUGAGUCCGCCCUGGAGGAGAUGCUCGAGCUGGAGCGCGUGCAGGAGGAGUCGCGCAAGAAGGAGCUCGACGAGCUGGAGACCGAGCACAAAAAGAAGAAGGCCCGUGAUAAGCAGGCUCUCAUCGAGGAGCUCAUGUACAGCGGCAAGGAUGCUGCCCAGAUUGUGACUGAGUUUGCCGAAAAGGCAGAGAAGCAGCGCGAGGAGGAGAAGCAGCUGCCGCCGCCGAAGUCGUCGAAUGAGUUCUCCACGGGCAUCAAGUUUGGUCAGACGGCAGAUCCCACCCUGAUUCCCGUACCAAAGUCGGAGGAGGGUCCGCUCUUUGUCUACGAGCCGUUGAUCGCCAUCACAGACGGACCCACUCCACCGCCCACUGAUGAGAUUGAGUCCGAGGGCUACAUCACUCACAUACGUCCCGAGACGCAACAGGAGAACGCCGGCGGCUUCACCUCCACCAUGGCCUGUGAGCGUGCCCUCCAGGAGGCGCUGCAGGGUCUCUUCUACACUCCCACAGCGGGCGUGGCAGCGGGCAUAUGAGCGCCCGAAUAGGAUGACAGAACUAGAGCACAGCACGCUUAUUUGUUGAACAAAUGUGUCCUAUAUAAUCCACUCAUCAUACCAUAAUAUAUCUACUUAAUUUACUGCAAUGAA